CUCUCUCUCUCUCUCUCUCUCUCUCUCUCUUUCCCUCUCUCUCUAUCCCGCCAGUGCCCCGCUAGAUCUGAGCCGCUUGUGCCUGUUGUCGCCGUCGUCGCCGUCGCCGCCCUCACUGCCACCACUGCCAUGGGGAAGAAGAAGUCCAAGUCCUCCAGCAAGGGGGACGCCAUGGAGAUGAAGCAGAUGGACGCCGGCGAGUCGGUCCCUCCGCCGCCCUCCUACUCCGGCGUGUCCACCGCACCCAUCCACAAGCGUCGCUGCCGAGACGUCUUCUGGGGCCUGCUGUUCAUCCUCUAUUGGGCCGGCAUGGCUGUCCUCGGGUAUUUCGCCUACAAGCAUGGCGACCCAAACCGCCUGAUUUAUGGCAUCGACUAUGAGGGCAAUGUUUGCGGUAAUGUGGACACCUUCACGGGGGUCGAUAACACGGCCCGGCCCUUCCUCCAGUAUCUGGAGCUUCCGUCGCCGACGCUGCGUGGCCAGGGCAUUUGCGUCGAGCGUUGCCCCAUUGAGUCCAUGAUCUUCGAAAACAACUACAGCUCCUCUCCCUCGGACGCGGUCUGCCUUUACAACACCACGGUCACCACAGGCUCCGAAGUGGUGCAGGGUGUGUCAGAUGGCUUCUGCCUGCCGUAUGUGGUCAAGAGUUCCCCCUUCCUCAACCGGUGCCUGCCCUUCCUGGAUGAGGCCGGCGACGCGGUGCUCAACUCCACGAUUGUCAAGGGCGCCCACAACUCGGUCAUCGCGUGGCUAAAUGAGCGCGGCGUGUCGCUGGCCAUCAACCACGAUCUGUAUGCCACGAUCCCCUACGUGGCGGCGGUGGUGGCCCUGUCAUUGGUGCUGUCCUGGAUCUGGCUCCUGUUGAUUCAGCUUCUGUCCGGCUUUGUGGCCUGGAUGAGCAUCAUCUCCGUCAUCGGGGCUGUCUGCCUGUCGACCGCCUACUUCUGGUUCAACUACCUGCGUCUCCGCGACGGCUUGCCCGUCAUGAACGCGGUGUUCCUCUACGGACUGGACACCUUCGUGUACAAUGAGCACACCUUCCUGGCGCUGACCAUCAUCUCCAGCGCCCUGCUGGUGAUUCUCCUGCUGUCGCUGCUUUUCCUGGCCCGGCGCAUCAACCUGGCCAUUGCGAUUAUCCGUGUGGCGGCCAAGGCCGUAUCGCACCUGCCGCACUUGGUGAUCCUGCCGCUUUUCGAAUUCCUCGGGCUGAUUUUCGUGGCCGGCUACUAUGUCUUUGUCUGUGUGUACCUCUCCUCCUCCGGCGAGGUGAACUCAAUUGACAUUGGGUUCGGGGACUAUCAGUACACCUUCGAGUCCAACUACCUGAUGAGCUACCUGCAAAUCUACGCGGCCUUUGGUGCCCUGUGGGGCUGGGCCUUUGUGAUGGCGGCCUCGGACACCUCGAUCGCCGGGGCCAUCGCCACUUGGUAUUGGACACGCGACAAGAAGAAGCUCCCCAAGAUGAUUCUCCUGCGGUCGGUGUAUCGCACCUUCCGGUACCACUUCGGGUCGCUGGCCCUUGGCUCGAUGCUCAUCGCCUUGGUGCAGCUUAUCCGGUAUCUGCUGAGCCGCUUCCACAAGCAGGCACGCCGGACGUCCGAGGCGGGUGGCGCGCCGGUGCGCGCGCUGACAUCCUGCAUCUUCCGCGUGCUGCAGUGCCUGCUGUGGUGCUUCGAGCGGUUCCUGCGUCUGCUCAAUCGCAACGCCUACAUCAUCAUCGCCACCACCGGGUGCGGCUACUGCAAGGCCGCCAGCUCGGCCUUCAACCUGAUCGUGCGCAAUGCCUUGAGUCUGAUCGUCGUCACCAAGAUCGGCGACUACCUCCUGUUCCUGGUGACCAUCUCGGUCCCAACGGCUUGCGCCUUCCUCGGCAACUUCCUCAUCCUGAAGUAUGCCCCUGACCCGACCUACUGGGUGUAUCCCGUCCUUGUCAUCAUUUUCCUCACCUUUGGCGUGACGUACCUCUUUGUCAACGUCAUGUCCAUGACCGUGUCCACCAUCUUCGUUUGCUUCUGCGAGGACGUCGAACGGAACGAUGGCUCUCCUGAGCGUCCGUACUACAUGAUCAAGCGCUUGCGGCGCUUUGUCUCUUAGGCGACGCGUCUGGGCUUCUUGUGUCCUGUUUUCCUUUGGUCGCCGGCGACCGGUCCGAGCUUGCUCCUGCCGCCGUGCGUCCCCCUCGCGCGCCCUUGCCUGGGCUCCCGCUGUAUUUCUUUCCCGGGCUGCCCCGAGGGCAUCAUAUGCCAAAUACACCCCUUCCUCCCCC